UUAGCAGUUUUGGUCGGCCACCAUCAGGAACAGUCGCCGCCGCCUUGCCAAUGCCGACGGCGAGUUGUACUUGUGUAGGUUAUCGUUAUAAUGAAUCAUUGAAAAAUUGAACCAUGAAUUGAUCGAAAUACGUUUCGCGAAUUUCGGGUUUCGCUAUUUUCAGGAUUUUAAGCUGUUUGAGGUGUAACCCUUGCCACCUCUCAGCCAAACAAGCCUAAGUGCUAUAGAUCAAGCAGUUAAAGUGACUCACAAUUACAAAUCAACUUUUACUUAUGGUUGUUAAAAUUUAAAAUUCACCUCUAAUUUCUGUAGAAUAAUAAAUUGUCACAACAGUUUGGUUGUUUGAUACAAUCAUGUCGCACCUACCUCCUUGCGUGAUAGAUGUGGGAACAGGAUAUACAAAGCUAGGCUUUGCUGGAAAUAAAGAGCCUCAGCUCAUGAUACCUUCGGCAAUAGCAAUAAAGGAAUCAGCAAAAGUUGGUGAUAAUUCAGCAAGGCGUGUUACCAAAGGUAUAGAAGAUUUAGAUUUCUAUAUAGGAGAUGAGGCAUUUGAAGCAACUGGCUAUGCUGUCAAGUAUCCAGUCAGACAUGGUCUUGUGGAAGACUGGGAUUUAAUGGAACGUUUUCUCCAACAAUGUAUUUUCAAAUACCUAAGAGCAGAGCCAGAGGAUCAUUAUUUUCUUCUGACUGAGCCCCCUUUAAAUACUCCUGAGAAUCGUGAAUAUACAGCAGAGAUAAUGUUUGAAUCAUUUAAUGUUUCUGGAUUGUACAUUGCUGUUCAAGCAGUACUGGCUAUUGCAGCAUCAUGGAUGGCUAAGAAUGUUGAAGAUAGAAAUUUAACUGGUAUUGUUGUUGACAGUGGUGAUGGAGUAACUCAUGUUAUACCAGUUGCCGAAGGUUUUGUUAUAGGCAGUUGCAUUAAACACAUUCCAAUUGCUGGUCGUGAUAUUACAUACUUUAUUCAGAGUCUUUUGAGAGAUCGAGAAGUGGGUAUCCCGCCAGAACAGUCACUGGAAACAGCAAAAGCUAUCAAAGAAAAACAUUGCUUUAUAUGCCCUGAUAUUGCUAAGGAAUUCGCAAAAUUCGAUAGUGAUCCUAGUAAAUUUGCAAAAUACAAUGGUAUUAAUAAUAUAACCAAGCAGCCAUUUGCUGUAGAUGUUGGUUAUGAAAGAUUUCUUGGACCAGAAAUUUUCUUUCAUCCUGAGUUUUCAAAUCCAGAUUUUACAACUCCAUUAAGUGAAAUUGUGGACGAUGUUAUUCAAAAUUGUCCUAUUGAUGUCAGAAGACCACUGUACAACAACAUUGUUCUUUCUGGAGGAUCAACAAUGUUUAAGGACUUUGGAAGGCGAUUGCAGAGAGAUAUUAAAAAAACUGUUGAUGCACGAUUAAAACUAAGUACAGCACUAAGUGGUGGCCACAUUACGCCAAAACCUGUUGAUGUUCGCGUUAUAUCACAUCACAAACAACGUUGUGCAGUGUGGUAUGGUGGAGCUCUGUUGGCUAGUGACCCAGAAUUUUAUACUGUUUGUCAUACUAAAGCUGAUUAUCAGGAGAAUGGACCAGGAAUUUGUCGUUACAAUCCCGUCUUCCGCAGCAUGAUUUAAGCAGAGUUACUUUAAAGACAGAUGAAAGCAUUUAUAGCUCAAAAGCAUUUGGCACAAAUAACUAUUGUGCAUUCAUUCAAGUUUGAAACUUCAAAAAUGUCCAAACAUUUAUUAAAAAAUAUUUAGACAUUUUUUUAUCAGAUUUGUAUUUCUAAUAAUGAAAAGAAUACAAAUUUUCACAGACUUUGAUUGUAAAAAUUAUUUGAUAUAAUUCAAUAUUGAAAUAACGAUUUUAUUAUUUAUCCUUAUUUUUUAUUUUUCCGAAUUAUUAACCAACUAUUAUUAUUAUACAAAUUAAAUUUAUUGAAUAGUUAUAUAUGAAACUCAUGCCAAACUUAACAUUUCAUAAUAAAAAGCUCACAGAGUUAAUGAAAAAAAUAUGUAUAAAAAAUACAAUUUGUAUGAGGGGCAAAAUUAGUAUUACUUUUUUCUUAAUUUUUACAAAUCUAUGACUAAAAUGAACAUUUUUUAUAUUGUAGAUUUGUAUUAAAAUAAAAUGUAUUAAAUAAUA